AUGUUCGCCAAAUCAACCAUCUUCGCCGCACUCGCUGCUCUCUCCGUAGUUUCCGCUGCUCCCUCUUUGGAGAAGAAAGCCCAAAACACCGGUACUGCAACUUACUACGCUGCCGGUCUUGGUGCAUGUGGUUGGACUAACAGUGGUAGCGACUACGUCGUUGCCGUGAACAGUGCCCAAUAUGAUGGGUCCAAAUGCGGGUCCAAAAUCUGGGUUUGGAAUCCCGAUACCGCUACCAUCGCCUUCCCCACCGUUGCCGAUGAGUGCCCAACUUGCUCUUCCGGUGACCUAGAUAUGUCAGAGGGUCUCUUUGGUCAUUUGACCAACAACAACUUCGACCAAGGAGUCUUCCAAAUGAACUGGGGAUACUUAUAG